AUGGCCAGGAGGGGCGGUUGUGAUGAGGCAGUUCCCAGUUUUCAGGAUAGUCUGAUUUUGGAGUGCGACAAUGGAGAUCCGGAGAUAUUGAUUGGUGGAGGUGAAACAGAUGGUGCGACAAGUGUGGAAAGAAAGUUGGAUUGGAACUUUUCGAUCAGUGUGGUGAAGAGCUUUUGGGGAAUGUCUAAGGUAGAAUACCUUGGACAUAAGGUCUCGUACGAUGAACUGGAGGCGAAUCUGAAAGAUCUGUCUGCAUUAACUGUUCUAGUCUUUCCAGGAUCACUCAGAGCUAUGCAAUCAUUUUUGGGAAGUCUGAACUAUUAUAGCCGAUUUAUUGAAGACUACGCGAUCUACGCGUCGGUUAUGUACGAAUUGCGAGAAAUCGAUUUUGCUGCGAUGACAAAGGGGGCUACCCAAGCGCGGAUCCAACAAGUACUGGAAGCGGAGGACGCAGAUCAAGUAUCGCAGGAAGAUCGGGGUGUCGACCACCGAAGGACCUUGGAUCUGGAGGCACCCGACCCUAUUGAGAUAGAUCCACGUUGGAUCCAUGCUCAUCGGUCUUUCAACGUGCUUAAAACCAGGAUUGUUUCAACUCCGAUCUUACGACACUUUGACCCAGAUCGGAAGGCCACAGUGGUUGUGUACGCUAGCGACUGGGCCAUCUCGGGAGCAUUGAUGCAAGAAUACGCCCAGAUCUACCAUCCCGUGACGUUCGCAAGCCGUACUCUGAAGUCGAACGAGCUAAACUAUGUCAUCGCGGAGAAAGAGGUACUAACACUUCUGACGAUCCUGGAUCUUAACUAUAAUGGGUUGGUCGUGCGUCCGAUCCAUGUGUUGACCCGACACACAACAUUGGCGUGGCUCUUCAGAUUCACCGCCCUACAAGGACGUCUAGGACAGUGGACCGCUCUGUUGUCGCCCUGGACUUUUGAGAUCACCAAGUGUGUCAAAAGAGAGCACGAGAUCUUAGGAGCACUGGCGGCCAGAAUUACCCCUAGUUCAGAAGUGGAUAAGGCAUUGAUCUCAAUUGCCCCCAAAAAGGAACCAAGACGUAAGAUCCAUACUCCGAUCCCCACUGUUAGACGAGAUGAGGAUAUACGUCCCCGUGCCAAGAGAGGUGGAGGCGCCUACAGCGCGAUCUUGUGGAAGUUUCCCGAGUGGAGGGUGCUGAAAGCUAGAGCAGGGUAUGCCGAAGGCUUGACGGUGAAUGAGGCGGAAUAUCAUGGGUUGUUGCUAUGUCUGGAUCUGUUAGAAGAUCUGGAUCCACGACGUCUGGUGAUCUGCGGAGACUCAAAUCGGGUGAUCCGACAAGUCAGACACUGUUACGCCAGCGAGCUUAGGACCGACUACGUACUUGACCAGAUCAUGAGCUGUUACACGUCAAACGAGACUGGGACGGGAACAUCAGCUGUGACGACCCGAUCUAAAGCUAGAUCGGGGGUGCGUUUUGGAUCUGAUCCAGACUCCCUACGAGAGGAAGUCGUGAGAGAGCUACGGAUCGAGCGGAUCCGACAAGCGCAGGACGAGGAGUUGUGGAUCACGGGCUGGAAGAAGUAUUUGGUCGGGGAGAUCCGAGAUCUGACACAAGAAGAGGCUAAGAUGUUUGGAUCUAUUGCUAUGAAUAAGGAAGUGGAUCAGUUGGAUCUACUCUUCUAUUGCCCGACGACUAAAGAAACCGCUGCAGAUCGACCGGUGGUACCUGAGACGGUUCAACAGGACAUUUUGCAUCACUAUCACACGAGCCUACUGGGUGGCCAUCAAGGGAUCGGUCGCACCUACGAUCGGAUCCGUGAUCAUUUCCACUGGAGAGGGCUGUACAAGAGUGUACAGCGAUAUGUGGGGGAAUGUGUCUAUUGUGAAACGGGCAAGAGACGAUCCAGGGCGGCAUACCCAUUCCAGAUCAUUGCCAUGGAUCACAUACAUUCAUUGCCUAGAUCCUUCAAUUGCAAUACCGAAUUGUUGAUCUUCGUGGAUCUAUUCUCGGGAUAUGUAAUCGCCAAAUCCAACGCCUCUAGAUCCGCUCAGACAAUCGCCGAGACCUACGAAGAAUGUGUCUUCCGCCGAUUUGACACGAGCGAGGUGAUCCGACACGAUCGGGAGCCAAACUUUACGUCUGACUUCUUUAAGUCGUUCAACAAGAUCCUGGGGCAACGCCAACGGGCUACUAUGGCGUAUCGACCCCAGGCUAAUGGAUCUGCAGAACGUAUGGUCCAGAAAACUACCAGGGACCUUAAGAUCGAAAUUGGGACGUGGGACGAGUACGCCGAACGACUCACCUUCGCGAUCAAUACUGCAAGGUAUCGGAUCCGAGGUGAAACGCCCUUCUACAUGAUACAUGAUACAUGGCUGGGAUCCCAGAUCUACCUUGGAAGCGGUGAUCCCGGCACGAUCGAGAUCCGAGAAGAUGGCGAUAUCUACUAUCAGCAGGCCAGAGAACAAGUGAACCAACGUCUACGUGAGGCGAUCGCGGAUCGAUUCUGGAUCAAGGGUUUGGUUAUACCUAGAUCGGGAUAUGCAAAAAAGCUGGCGCACUUAUGGCAUGGUCCAUUCCGCGUUGCCGCGAAGUUCGGAGAAUACGCCGUGAACAUUUUCCCGGUGGUGCAUGUGUCGAAGAUCAAACUGGUCAAGGUAUUCCCAGAUCAACCAAUAGCUUGUCUAAACGGGUCAGAAGGAGAUCGGGUGGAUUUGGAUGAGGCUCUCCUACCUGAAGACAGCUGGAUCCACUAG